UGACAUCAAGAAACCUGGUCGCCCUUUCCUUGGGUGCAUCCCUACCAAGCAUUGUGGUACAGUAACACGAAACCAGCAUUCACGGCAGCAACAAUAGGCGAGCAAGCCACACUGCACCUGCAAGAUGAAUAUCAAUCAACAAGCCGUCGAUGACGGUAAACACAUCCACAUCCACAGCCUCCGCAAGAUUCCCGAUGCCUACCGUGCCGGUGUCGUUGCCGCAUCCGGUGAAUUCGUCGGCACCGUACUCUUUCUCUACAUCGCCCUCGGCGGCACUCAGGUCGCCAACAACAUUCCCUCGUCGUCCGGUUUGACCGUCGAGCAGACGGGUUCCAACCCGCAACAACUUCAGUACAUUGCUCUAUGCUUCGGUUUCAGCUUGGCGGUCAACGCAUGGGUCUUCUUUCGUAUCUCUGGUGGUCUCUUUAACCCGGCUGUUACCCUCGGCAUGUGUAUCAUUGGCGCGGUUUCCUGGACUCGAGGCGCCUUGUUGUUCGUUGUUCAGAUCCUUGGUGGGCUGGUGGCAGCGGCGUUGGUCAGCUGUAUGUUUCCGGGAACGACAACUGUCGAGACCACGUUGGGUGGCGGCACUUCCGUCGUGCAGGGCCUUUUCAUCGAAAUGAUCCUGACUGGCGUCCUGGUCUUUGCAAUUUUCAUGUUGGCGGCAGAGAAGCACAAGGGUACCUAUAUCGCCCCAGUCGGUAUUGGUUUGGCUCUGUUCGUGGCUGAAUUGGUCGGUGUCUACUUCACUGGAGGCUCUCUUAAUCCCGCACGUUCAUUUGGCCCCGCCGUUGUCAACCACAGUUUCCCCAGCUACCACUGGAUCUACUGGCUCGGUCCCGCCCUUGGCUCCCUCAUUGCUGCUGGCUUCUACAAAUUCAUCAAGCUUUUGGAAUACGAGACUGCCAACCCGGACCAGGACUCUGACCAUGCACGAUUGCAGGCGCGCAAAGAGCGUCAUGCACGUCGGGCAAGGGGAGAGAAGGUCCGCAGCGCUAGCCGUCCAGCGACUUCGCAUAGCGAAAGGACUGAUGUCGAUAUGGUCUAAGCUGCGCAUGAGCCUUCUUGGAAGGCGUCGCGGUGGAUAGGAGAAGACGAAGAUGAGAGUCUCGUCUUCUCCACUCCUCUUCAUAUGCUAUGCUUGCCAUUCUGAGACACCAUCGCCUGGACUUUGACCUACGACCCGAAC